AUGUCUCUUCUUAGGCAUAGACUACAACUCAAACUCCAGCUUCUUCCAGGACCGCAUUCUACCCUUGGCUAUCUCCCCAAGACCGCCGCCGUAUCCACCACUGCAUUCCAAGAAGUAGGCAACGUCUUUGAUUUUGAGAAAAUUUGUGUUCUAGGUCAUGGCAAUCAUGGCAUUGUCUACAAGGUACGCCACAAGCACACUUCAGCCAUCUAUGCCCUUAAAAUUAUAACAACUGACUCUCAAACCUCCCAUGAAACCAAAAUUCUAGGUCGUACAGACUCCCCUUUUAUUAUCAAAUGCCACGGUAUCUUUGAACCGCCGGCGUGGGCAGGUUCAAAAGCCAUUCUUAUGGACCACAUGGAUGCGGGAACACUUGGUUCACUACUGAAAACUAAUGGUCCUUUCUCUAAAUCCUCGAUUGCCCACAUUGCAUACCAAGUACUCAACGGUCUCCAAUACCUUCAUGCAGGCAACAUUGUCCAUUUAGAUAUCAAGCCUUCAAAUCUCCUAGUUGAUAAAAGACUGAAUGUGAAAAUUGCUGAUUUUGGAGUAAGCCAGAUAGUGCAUGAGCAUGAAACACCCAAAAGUUUCUGUUCUUACGUGGGAACAUAUGCUUAUAUGAGUCCUGAAAGAUUGGACUCUUCUAGGUACGAUCCCAAAUAUGUGUAUGCGGGAGAUGUAUGGAGCUUAGGUGUGACUUUGUUGGAGCUCUGUGUGGGUCAUUUUCCUUUUUUCCCACCUGAGAAGAAACCCAGUUGGAUGGAGGUGGCGUUGGUGACAUGCUUUGGGGAACCUACAAGCAAUAUCCCAGAGACAGCAACAGGAGAAUUUUUAAGCUUUAUCAAGUGUUGUUUGGAGAAGGAGCCUGGUAAGAGAUGGACAGUGUUGAAACUAUUAUCUCACCCUUUCGUUUGCGGGGUGAGAGAUGGCUAA